AUGGUGAAGGCAACUAAGGAAAUUCAAAUGGAGAACCCAAGAGAGGCAGAGACACACAGCACAGGGGCAACAUGCUCCCCGUCAGAGGAACAGGCAGAAAAACCCUCCAUGCUCUGUUUUAAGAAGCGGAAGAAGUCCUGUAAAAAAGACUUAACUGUGAAGGAUGCAUGCAAAGGAGCUUCAGAGGAGAAGAGCCAGUGCAUCAGUGCUGACCAAGGAGAGACAAAGGCUUCUAAUCAGUCACAAUCAUCCAAAGGAGCCUGGGCAGCCAUCAAAAACCUUGCAAGACCUCAGAGAAAGCAGAAAUCAUCCUCACGGAAGAAGGUGCCCUCCGAUUCCCAGGUACAGCUGGAGGUAGAUACUGAGGAGACCUGUGCACAAGGCUUCCUGAAGAAACGAGCAAGCUCUGGGUUGAAGAUGCCCUGUGUACGUUUCUCCAGAGGAAAGAAAAAACCCAACCCCUCUGAAGCAGUGGAAGAGUCAGAGGGCAGUGGUCAAGCAAAUGAAGUGGUGGGCAUUGUGAAUAAAGCCAGUGAAGAGCCAGAGGAUUUGGCCCCAGCAGACAAGUCUGAAGCCUUCAGCCCAGUCCCUGCAGAGGAGGACCAGGAUAUAGUGAAGGAAAGUGUCAGCUCUGUUCAGAAGAUUGAACCCUUGACAGAGCCCACACCGGAGUGCACUGCUGAGGCAGAGAUAACCAGUUCAGAAACAAUUAAUGAAAAAGCCCAGGAAAAACUGCAGGAGGGGAGCCCACCCAAAACCACAGUCUUUGUGGAAGGUGGGGAAGUUGCUCCUGAAGUGCCCAUUUCCAAGGAUCAACCCAACAGCAUCCCUGGAUCUACUGAGCUGCAGGAAAUCCCUGACAUCUGUAAAAAGCUGCCUGAAGGGGAUGAAUCAGAAAAGAGCAUAAAUCUUCCAGAGGAGUGCAAAGCCGAAGAGACUGUAAUGGAUUUCAAUCAGUCAGUGUUUAAAGAUGAUGCAGCAAGCGUGCAGGGCUGCUCCAGCCAUCAGGUGAUGUUAGAGGCAAACGUGAGUGCUGGCGUCGGCAUCAUCAUCACUGUCACUGAAGCUGAGGACUCUGACAACACCGACUCUGACCAGGGCUAUGAGCCAUCCCCAGUUUUGCACCGAAAUAAGCAAAAAGGGAAUAAAACGUCAAGUGGGAGCUUUGAUUUUGGUAAUAAAGAGGGCCCCGAGGCUGGUGGCGGUCCCCAGGCACAGGAGAAAGGUGCAGGUGACCAGGGGCACAAAACUGGGGAGCAGUAUGAGCUGCUCCUCAUAGAGACUGCUGCUUCCCUCGUGAAAGCAGCCAUUCAGUCAUCUAUAGAGCAGCUGGUCAAUGAAAUGGCCCUGGAACAGAAUAAACACAACAGUUUUCUGUGA